AUGAAGGAAAUUGCUGUCAAUUGUGGAGCUGGCGCCGCUGCUGGCCUCUCGGCCGUUUUCAUCGGCUAUCCACUUGACACGCUCAAAGUGCGUAUGCAGUGCAGUGAUGCCAAGAUUUCAAUGUCAAGCUGCGCAAAAGAUCUCUUUGCGGAGCAGGGGUUCAAAGGGUUCUUCCGCGGUCUGUCUACUCCUGCGACCUUGGCUACUCCUGUAACAUCGCUCGCAUUUACAGGAAAAACUCUUGCGAGAGCUGUGUUUUUUCCACGUGGCAUUGAAAAAGGAGCUUAUGGCCAGGUCUCCACCUGCGCUGCUUUCGGUGGACUGCUAGCGACGGCGGUCUCUUGCCCGGGCGAAAGAAUCAAGUGCGUUCUUCAAGUCAACAGUCAUCUCCGAAGACCUCGCGAUGCGCUUUUCUUUCUCACUAGAUCUUACGGCUUCAUGGGUCUCUACAAAGGCUGGACCUUCACUGCACUGCGCGAUGUUCCUGGAUAUACUGCCUUCUUUCUUUCAUACAGAUAUUUGCGGGACGAGCUGGAUGAGAAGAUAGGAUACAUUCCUUCUAUAUGCGUUGCUGGCGGAGUCUGUGGAUGUCUCUAUUGGACAGCGGGCUUUCCAGGCGACGUGCUAAAGUCUAGAUAUCAGACUGAUCUCUCUGGUCAGUACAGAUCGCUUGGAGAAUGCGCCCGUGCGACUCUUUCGGGGGGAAUUCGAAGCGUUUACCGAGGAUUCACGCCGACUGUGCUCCGUGCUUUCCCUUCUAAUAUUGUUGCGAUGCUUGUUUACGAGUAUGUAAAGCUUAGGUUCUUAUAA